GGACAAAUUAUCAAACCCUGAACACAUUGUGCUAUCACCGGGUUAACACAUUUCAUUUCAUUUCCAGUAAAUAAACUGAGAGAAUAAAAAAAACCUUUACAAGUGAAAGGACACAGCUCAGGGAUUAUUCAGCUUUUGAUUUGUUUGCAUCUUUCAUCCUCAUUUGCAUCAUGAUUGCGCCUUGUCUUUAGAUACAAUUAAAGAGGCCCCAGUGACAAUCUUGAAAUAAAUUAUGGUGAAAGAUAGCUAAAAAAAGACCACACACAAAACAAUGACAUUUGAGUGCUGGAAUGAUUACAACACAACAUUGUUUAAUUUCAACACAAGUACAUUUAAAGCCAACAUCUUUGAAACGUUGUUUCCCUGCUCUCCUAUUGAUUAAUGCAGCUUUGUUAAAGAUCAUGGAAUUCUCUGUAUGUAAUACAUACAUGAAAAUGGGAACACCUUUAUUUCAUUUAAAUCAAUAUGAUUGAAGGCUCAAAUCUACACUUUUUUAAAAUCAGGAUAUCAGUCGUGGUUUAUGUGAAUGUUGGCGGACUUCCUGUCGUGUACUCAUUCGAUUCAUUAUGGGUUUGGAAUUUACCUCCAAUAAUUAUCAACCCUCAGCUCCACAAGGAAAACCCAAAAAAUACACUUUCAAUAUAAAAAGUGUACAAUUUAAAGGCUGGAGGUGCACAGUGCAGAGAUGUGAGGGAAGGCUAUAUGAACAUCUCCAGUCAAUUGUGACAUUAAUGUCAUGUAAAAGUCAUGAUAAGCUUUACUCUCCUUUACCUUCAUUUAUAAUGAUUAUGUCAUUUAUAUUUCUUCAUUUUAUCAUCAUCGUCUUUUUUUGGCUAGAAACUUGCAGAGCUAUAAUUUAUUUUUAAGAUUUAUUUUUGGGCAUUUUGUGCCUUUAUUGGAGAGAUAGAACAGUGGAUAAAAUCAGAAAUUGGGUAGAGAAAGAAAAUGGGGAAUGACAUGCGGGAAAGAAGCCACAGGUUGGAUUCAAACUUUGGCUGCCCGCUUGGCCUGACUAUAGCCUCCAUACAUGGGGCGCGCGCACUAACUACUGCACCACCAGCGCCCCUUGCAGAGCUAUAAUUUCAAUUUUUGACAUAAGGUAGAUUAUUAAAUUAAUCAUAAAAAAAGGUAACAAAAAUGUAUUGGAAACAAGUUCCAGUUCAAUCAAGUCCAAGAAAUAAAUAGUUCAAAAUCGUUCAAAUUCAGGAAGCUCAGAUGAAAGUAUCUUUAUUCAAAGGACAAAGGUAUUUCCACCUCUUGUUUUAAAACUUAGAAUGAUAGAGUGAAAACAGUUGGUUGGAAUAAAUAAAUGAUCCAUGAAAGAAGACGUUAAAAACAGAAUGAUGUCAGUUUAUCAAAAUGACAAAAAGGGGCCUUUUUUACUUUGUUUUUCUCAAUUUAGUUUUGUUUGCUGAAACUCUGUGAAACUGUAUCAACAUCAUGAGACUCCUGAAUAUUCCCACGAGAUGCACAGUCAUGACUGAACUUUACUGCAUCUUGUAAAAAAAAACAAGAGUUUCGGGAACUAGUAAUUUUUAACAGCUCACCACUUUCACUGCUACUGUUACAUAAUAGUCACCAUGUCAUGAAAUGGCAGGAAGAAAGUAGUUUAUAUUAUAUUCUAAACAUUAAACUUGGACAUUGCUAAUUCAUAAGAAACAUUGUAACUGCACCAAAGAAUGUCACCUUUAAAAAGAACGACAAAUUAAAGAGCUAAAUAAAUGAAAGCAAGUAAAAUGGGAUAUGAGUGUGUUGAGGAAUAGCAAAAAACAAUAUUUGGUAAACACUAGUGGAGAUCUUAUAUAUUGAGAUUCUUUUAGCUUUCUCUGUAUAUAACAUUGAAUCAACAUUGAAACACCCACUCCUCACACGGGGGUGUGUCUUGGCAUGAGAGAGAAAAACCUCAAGCUGUCUCACCAUACAGCUUACUCUCUGCCUGAGUCACAUAAACCACAAGAUCAUCACUGAAAGAGUGAGAUGGAGUAUGAGAGAGAGAGAGAGAGAGAGAGAGAGAGAGAGAGAGAAGGGAAAGAAGCCACUCCAGACAAAGAAAGUGAAAGUGAAAGCAUAACAUGGCAUAGUUAUAUAAAGUGUACAUGAGCCUCACUGUAGCAUCAAGGUAUCUUGCUCAGAGUUCACUGCUGCUCCAAGAUGACUGUUUGGUGUCAGGCUCUCAUCCUCCUGUUCUGUACUCUGAUCCUCGUGGAGUCCUCUGCUCCAUCUCCAGUCCGCCAGAGGAACAAAUACAACAACUCCUUUCGCCUCACCAGGUCCACCCGAACCCGUGUCCAACAGCUGCAGAAGAAAUAUAAGGAGGAGCAGUUGGGGAACAAGCUUUUUGAGGACAGAAGCAGUCAGUUAAAGGACCUGCCAACACUUUCUACGGAUUUCUACGCAUGGCUGAAUAUGACUGACUGGGAACGACUUCAUGCUGCUUUCUGUGACAUGCAAGCCUACUGGAAUAAGCUGGACAGGACGAGAAAACAAAUGGAGGGGAAGCAGCAGCUGGCCGGACAGGCGGCCCGGAUCACUUUACCUCAGAGAAUCAGGCACAUUCAGCUGGACCUGAGAGACUUGAUGGGCCAAGUCAGCAGUCAGAUGAGGUACAUGCAGAGCUCUUGGACGAAGCCCACCUCUCCAACGCAAUUAGACCCAGAAACCAGCUCCAAAACAGUGUGGGACAGCCGAGUGGAGGGUUACAUCAUUCUGAGGGAUCUAGACCUUUACCUCACCAAGCUGGCAAGAGACUUCCUCCUUCUGGCUUCAAAAACACACAUAUGACUCAGUACAGA